GGAAGUCUCACAAGCACGCAAACUGACUGACGAUAAUGGAUGGUGGAGGCGGAGCGGAUGUGGAGUGGAUCUUGCCGCAUGUGUCCUUCAGCCAAGUGACGGCGGCCAAGGCGCGGCGAGGCGCACAGCAACAGGCGGGAACAAUGAACUCCAUCAUCAAGACCUUGCAAGCAGCGGCAGCGACGGAGGGGGAUGAGGAUAGCCAUGGCGAUGGUCCACCCACGCCUCGCGAAUCUUUGAAAUGGACGCUGGCCGCCAAUCCCGUGACAAUGGAGGCUUGCAUGAGCAUGUCGCCUCUGUGCGCGCAAGCAAGGCAAGCGCGACGCGCAGCAGUGCUGGAGAUGCAGGGCGACAUUGCCAAUUGGCGUGCGCAACUUGACGCUGCGAGGCGAAGCCCAACGUCACUGUUUGAUGACGCGAAUGACAACGACAACGACGAUGAUGAUGACGACGGUGAUGACGACGGACACAUGAACGAACGCGUCAGCAGAAGCCAACGCAGGAGGAGGCACAGCAAGGGGGUGCACCAUGUUGGAAGAGUCAGUUGUGAUGAUGGUAACGGUGGUGGUUAUGAUGGUGGUGGUGGUGGUGGUGGUGUGGGUGUUGGUGAAGUGAUGGACGAUGAAGACUCUGAGAAUAAGCGCUACGAGAAUGUGCCGACAUCGCAGGAGCGGGCGCAUCACGGUGGCGGCUCAACGCCAUCAUCGUGUCACAGCUCGCAGUCCCAGCAACACGCCAAGCCACAACCGCAGCCACAACCACUGCAGCCACCACAACCACGCUUGUCACACAAGCAACCGCCAGCAACUGCGAGAAUACCCCACCAACCACAACACCACCAACACCAACGAGCGGUGGUUCGACAGCCACAACAGCCACAACAACCACAGCACUACGAGGACACGUUUCGAGUGUCGACAGCACACGCGGCGCCUUCAGCAUCGUCGUUGCCAUCCUCUCAAAACCAUCGCCAAUUGCACCACCACGCUACAACCCGCCAACAACACAGCACCAACGCUGGUCCCAGUCAGGCGGGGACGGAGUCGAGGAAGCGAACGUACACGCGAGAAGAGAUUGAGGCGAAGAAGAUGAAGGCGAUGAUCAACAGGAAGCGCAUGCAGGCGCUGAGACGCAAGCGUGCCAGGGAACAGCAACGGCUGGCACACACAGCACACACAGCGCGCCAGCAGCAGUCGCAACACUUGUACGCGUCUGCAUCCCAACAACAGCAUCAGCGACAACAACACGACUCUCGCCCCUCAAGCCAACAGCAACCACCGCAACUGCCACAACAGCACAGACACCCAAGGUGGUAACGCGAUUGUUGGGGUUGAAGCUGUGUAUUUGGCGUCAAUGUCAUGUCAUGUCACAUGUUGUUUGCGCACCCCAGCAGUGUUCUGCGUCUCUUUUUCAUCCCCUUCCUGCCUUCCCGUGAGUUAAUGGAACUAUGAAGUGACAUAACAUAACACACCACCCUUGUCCUUUUGGGGGCGUGUGGCUUCUCACUGCGAAAUACAAACAUAAAUGUGCUCACAAGCCCGG